AUGCAAGCGCGAAGGAGUCUGGCAUUCUCGUUUAAGAACACUUUGAGGAACAAAACUACAUGCAAGCCGGACAUGCUGCUUGGAAGCCAAUCGAAGCUGGAGUUGCUUUCAAGGCAGCCUUCAGGGUCCAGGACGCUGGCUAAACAAACUUCGCAAUCCAAGCCUUGGCAUGAGCUUCCGCCACAUCAAUUGGCGGUGGUCACAACACUGGGCAACUUAGCAUCCCUUUCUGCAGCUGCCAGCCAAGAUCACGCUGUGGUUCGACUGCUCUCUGGUGUUUCCUCUUUGGUGUCAGUGGGCUACAACUCGUUCAUGCCAAAACCCUUGAAGACGCAUCAACUGACUGCUGUCGCAUGGAGCUGUGCCUUUGCCAUGCUCCACUUUGUCAACUUUGGAUUGUUGCUUUGGGAGAGCAGCCAUGCUAUUAAACUCAGUGACGAAGAGGAGGACAUUUAUGAGCAUGGCUUUCAAGUCCAUCGAGUCACUCCACGCCAAUUCCGCAAACUGUUGGAUUCAGGUGCGAAAUUUCGAGAUUACCAGCCUGGUGCUUUGAUCACAGAAUACGGAAAGCCUGUCAGCCGAGUCAUUUACGUGACACAUGGAACCUGCAUUGGAGAGCGUGUUGGAGGUUGUCCUGUUCUGGAAUACCACCAGGACGUGUUCAUUGGCCACUUGCAGCCCAAGAUAUGGCGUGCAGAAUACUUGGGCUCUGGGGAUGUUGCGAACAUAGAGGAUCUUGACAGUGAUGCAGAAGAAGAUUGGUUGAUAGAAAAGUGCGCGAGAAGGAAGCGACGAUCACCCAAAGACCUUCGAUCUUUGCUGGAAGCCGGGUUGGCUGAACGCACCGGGCCCAUUACAAAAGUGCAGUCCGGAGCUUCCUGGAACGGAACAACAAGAGCGGGCCCUGACGGGUGUCGAGUGAUUGAAUGGCCACUUGGGAGCUUCGCAUGCCGGGUUGGUUCAGACGAGUCGUUGUGCAAGGCUAUGGAAAAUAUGUGCACACUCAGCUUGGCAGCAAAGAUCAGCCAAGGGGCGAGGGGCAAAGCUUUGGAAGGCUACUCUGAGCUCUUGUCUUUGGUGGUCCGCGAUGGGAUCGUGGAUCCGGAGGAGCGACAGGCUUUGUCACACUACCGAGCGCGGCAUGCGGUCGACCAAGGUCAGCAGAAGGUUGACGUGUCAAAGCAGCAAUUUCGAAGUGUCCGAGAUGGCAAAAGGCUGGCCAAAGGCCGCCCACAGCCACCUGCUCGGCCACCUGGACAAUUGCCCAGACCUCCGCAGGGACCGCCGCCACCUGGACAUCUCCUGGCACGGGCUCAAUCCCCUGAUUCUGCGGCACCAGAGUUGGCUUUCACAGGCUUUUCAGAAAUCUCGAAGGUAGCACCGGGAACGAUGGGUCCGUUUGGCUUGACACUGCCCGAAUUGCCGCCCUUGCCCCAGGGCAAUUUGAAGGCCAUUGCCGAUGGAAAGCCGGCUCCGGCUCCCCCGCCCAAAGGCUCUGCCGGCCCCAGGCCGCCAAAAACCCCACCACCGGUGAGCAAGAUGUUCUUCGUGGCGCCUAAAGGCGUACCAUUGGCAGUGCCUGCACUGCCUGCGCCACCAAGCAAUCAGCCAAGGGCGUGCCCUGCUCUCCCGAAGCUUCCGCCAGCGAGGACGUUCAGUCAGCUCAGCACUAUCAGAUCUGGAGGUGGCUCGCCACGACAGCCGCCGCCGCCACCGGCACCACCUACUGAACCAAAAGUACCAGGCUUGACAACAUCUCCAGCAGCAACAACUCCGAGAGCAACCGCUUCACACGAGGACAUGUCGCAACGUUUGGCGGGAAGCCUGCCUGGAGCUGUCAGCCCUGAAGAGGUUGUUGAGCCACUUGCUGAAGACGUGGAGAACGAGCCUGGUAGAAGCCCACAAGUGGUCAGAGAUCCUGAGCACACAAUGCCGGCGCCUGCGGAUGAGGCUUCUCCCGUAAGAAGUCCAAACCGACGACGGCGUCCAGUGGUGGCGUCUUCUGAAGCGGCAUUGCGAGAGAUGGAGGAAUGUGAUUUGCCAAACAUUCCAAGAUCAGCAUCAUCUAAGCAGGGCUCGAUGCCGCUUGCACUUCCCAAAGGAAUGCGAGCAGUGUCGCACCGUGACGUGUCCGCGCCUGCAAGGUCGCCCAACAUGUCCUCUCCCGUGUCUUUGUCACCUGGUGCAGACCAGUCUCCGGUCCGCUUUGAGGGGUCAAACCUCAGGUUUGAGAUGCCAAAGCAAGCUUCGACUGCUUCAACUCAUGUACCACCGGGGAAGCAUGCUGCGCGACAACCACAGCCACCUCCUAAGUAUCCACCUCCUGGAGGGUCUGUCGAUGCAGUCCACCAUCUUCCUGGUGGGCCUGGCGGGCCUGGACUACCACCGAUGCCGAAGCAUCCUCCAAAACCACCUCCAAAGGUUCGUGGCAAAGCCCUGCUUCCAACGCCACCAUCAGGACCACCACCUGCUCAUGCUAUUGUUUUGGCCAAAGGAAAGCCCCAGGAUUUCUCCAGCAGCAGCGGUUUGCAGGCGGUGCUUGCGAAGGCAAAACCGCCUCCGCCAUUGGUGCAUCCACCUUCUGAGCCACUGCCCUCUUUUGUAUACCGGGCAAGUUCGCAAGCUGCCUUGCAAGCUAUCAUGGAUGGAAGGGAGAACGGUUCCAAGGCAUCUGCUUUGGAACCACUUCCUCCAAAGGCGCCUCCGCUUAAUGACACACGGGCUUUUGCUGCUUUGCCUCCAAUUGUCAAGGAGUAUGUGCCACUUGACAAGGGUCCGAAACCAGUGCCGGAAUUCGUUGUGAAGGUAAGUGUGUGGACUGUCUACCUGUUUGUGUUUUGGAUUUUUGUGUACAGCAUUAGCAUUAUUGCGUAUUACGGAGUCUACAUGGCAAGCAGCAGUAUUUGGGCAACCUAUGCGGCCACGCUUUGUGGUUGUCUUCUGAACUUUGGAAUCUUCGAGAGCAUGAAGUGUGUCAUUCUGGGUUGUGUGGAGCUAGUCAAGCAUGAGACGGUUAGACGCCAGGCCGAACUUGAUGCAAGGAGAACUCGGAUGGUAUUGAAGGAGCAACGCUUGCAAGAGCGACGCUCACGCUCGCAGGAAAUUCAGCAGAUGCACGUACAGCCUCCACUGAUGGGCUAG